UAAUAAAGUUUCAAAAGAAAAAAUUAAUGUUGGCGGCAUUGCGGAGAAGUACCUCAUUGUAAAAUAAACAAACGGAGAAAACCGAGUUGCCCAGAAGUCGUUAGCAUUAACAAUAAUUUUAUUCAUUAUUACGAUCAAGUACUUCCAAUUUCUUAUAUAAAUUCUACAUUCAAACGUACAAUGCCACCGUCUGUAAAAAUUGACUGUGGUCUGAUAGUAUUUGAUGUCAAUUCCAACAAAAAGGAGCAGCUUUUGAGUGGCUUGAUUAAGCUUGCAACAUUCAAAUGGUUUUCGGUGUCCAAAGACGUGUACAGGAUUAUUUUGUCAAAUUCGAAAACUACCAAGAAUGAAAAAAACUUUCCUAAUCUGCACACAACUGAUAUUGAAGAUUUUUCACCUACAAGUGUUCUAGAGUGUAUAGAAAAUGCCCAAAGCAAAGAAGGAAAUUGGCUAGAUGCAUUACUUUUAGCUAUUCACCACUUGAAAGAAGCUAAUUCAUUACCUGGACUUUUAACACCUCAACUAUUGUUUUUCACUUCUUUGGAUGGAAGCAGUAGUGCUGUCGAUGAAAAUAAAGUUAAAACAGUCAUUGAAGAAUUGAAUGAGAAUAAUAUAUAUUUAUACAUUAUUGGACCUGAUGUUGAGUUUCCCUUAACAGUAAAACAUCCUGAUGAUGUAUCCCAGUGCAUGAAAAAAUUGGUGGUGACUGAGUCAAACAAGUCUUUAGUUACUGCCAGAAGAAUUGUACAAAAUAUAAAAAGGGGAGUCAUUUGCAAUGUCGAUGUUGGAAUAAAUUUAUUUACCUCCUUCAAAAAUCCUCGAGGUUCACAACUGUGGAAAGUGCCAAUGUCUUUCGGCUCAAAGUUGGAAAUACCAUGUCUCACAGUUAAAAUCUGCAGAAAAGAAGCUCCCCUGAGAUUGAUACCUAACCAAAUUCGAAAGAGUAUUCGUGUGUUAGCCGAAGAUAACACAGUGGAAGUGAGCAAUGAUGAGAUAGUCAGAGGAGUACUUCGACAUGGAAAAUUUGUCAAAAUUGAAGACGCUGAUAUGUUCAAGUCGGAUCAUCAAAGAUGUUUUGAAAUUGUUGGGUUCACCGACAAAACAUUUGUGCCAGAGACUUACAUGAAGGGAGAGGAAACCUUUUAUGUGUUGCCCAACAAUGAAAUGGCCGAUGAUAGUUGUCAGGCUUUUUACAAUUUGGUCGAUGUUUUAGCCAGUCAGAAUAAAUACGGAAUCAUAAAACGCGUAUACAUGAAUAACAACAGAGCAAAGUAUUUUGCUUUGAUUCCUCGGCCAGAUUUAGAUCCCGUUUGUUUUAUCAUGGUAAGAAUACCUUACACAAAUGAAAUGACACCUCACAAAUAUGCGGAACCAGCACCAUCCAAAGUGAAAGCCAAAGAGGACGAUGUAACUAGGUUCCUUCGAAGCAUUGAUGUUUCUGGCAGUGACCCCAAAGUUUAUGUCCCUCUAGCCCCUACGAUGAUGCUGGACCCCUAUCUCAACAGACUUGUCAACGGUGCUGCUCAAAAGCUUUUGAAAAGAGAAUUUGAUUUCGAAGCUGUGGAGUUGAAUGAUUUGAAAUCGGAAAGUUCAAAUAAGUUUUUGGAAAACCUCAAACAGUCAUGGCCGACGAGGGAUUCAUAAUAACAUUUCAUUUUAUAUUAUGUCUGAAUUGAUUGUUUUUUGUACAUUCAUAAACCAGUUUGUCCAUUCA